AUCGCCUUUCUUCCAUGACCCCUCAUUUCUUUUGCUUUUUUCAUUGGUCCAAUAUAUUUGCAUGCAGUCGGAUAUUUGAUCACACACAGACACACUGUUAAUUCAAUGAAAGAGAGCAGUACCAGUGGUGGCGCCGGAAGAAAACAAGGGGCGGCGUCACCUUGUGCCGCUUGCAAGCUUCUGCGGCGGAGAUGCUCUCAAGACUGUGUUUUUGCUCCCUAUUUCCCCGCCGACGAGCCUCACAAGUUCGCAAGUGUUCAUAAGGUGUUCGGUGCUAGCAAUGUCAACAAAAUGCUCCAGGAAUUACCCGAGCACCACAGAGGAGAUGCAGUGAGCUCAAUGGUGUAUGAGGCAAACGCCAGGAUCAGGGAUCCAGUGUAUGGUUGCGUGGGUGCUAUAUCAUCCCUACAACAACAGAUAGACGUACUUCAAGCACAAUUGGCAGUGUCACAGGCUGAAGUUGUUCACAUGCGGAUGCGCCACUUCUCUUCCAGUCCUGUCAAUCAAUCACCAGAAAACAUCUCCCCACCAUCUCGACACCACCAAUCACGAACACCAACCAGGUCCCUUUUUGGCAUGGACAUGGUGGUUGACCAAACUAAUAUGGGCAUGGGGGAGUCCUUAUGGUCCUCAUGCAACUAGCAACCAUAUUUUUCCUUAAUACUUGCUAUAUUGAGGGUUCCUUUGUUUGCCACAUUUCGGAAUUAUUUUUUUUUUUAUUUUUUAUUUUAUUUUAUUUUUUUUUUGUUUUCUUAAUAUAUUAUACCUUAUUAUAUAUGAUAUAUAUAUAAUAUAUAUGUAACGUAUAUCUCUCUCUUGCAUACCGCAAGAAGAAGAUGAUGAUGAUAUUGAUGAUAUA